AUGGCUGCAGAAAAUCUUUUAGAUGAUAUAGACUUAAAUUCCACCCCUUCACAAAUUGACAAUGAAGGCAUUCAACAUUUUUUCCCAAAUGAAGUACAUGGAAUGCUUCCAGAUUUGAAUGUUGACGGAGAAGAAAAUUACCUUCUUGAUCUCAAUGCUCUUCCUCAUUCUCCACAAUUAUCACAAUCAAACCAUGUUUUGUUUGAUUUAAACCAGAAGCCAUUUGAUGCAGAUGUGGAUGGAGAAAGUAGCUUCACUGUAGGAGAAGAGAAUAAUGCAAACACAGAUGUGAGAGAAACAAAUUUGAAUAAUGAUGUGGAAGUUAAUGAAACAAAUUUGGAAGGAAGCAUUGAUAUUGUCCAAGAAAAUUUUGAAGAGGAGGGAUCCCAAAGUCAAAAUAAGAAGUUAAAAUUCCUUAGCAAUGAAGAACGCAUGGCUGUUUAUCAUAUUCUACAUCAAAAUAGUUUUAAUGGGAGAUUAAAGAAAGGGGUGAUAGAUUUUGUGGCUUCCACAUUUUCAGUUUCAAGAACAACUAUUUUACGCAUUUGGCGUUGUUCAAAAGAAAGUGACUUGCAUGAUGUAUCUCAAAGAAAGCCUAGAAAUUCUGGACGUAAGAGAAUUCAAAUUGAUUACGAUCGAAUUUCUGAAAUCCCUUUACGUCAACGAACAACCAUUCGAUCUUUGGCUUGUGCUUUGGAUACUAAUCCGACUUCAAUGUUUAGGCUUUUACAGGCAGGUGUUAUACGUCGUCAUUCAAAUCCCAUGAGGCCACUGUUGAAAGAAGAACAUAAAAGAUCUCGACUACAAUUUUGCUUGUCAAUGUUGGAAGAUAGUAGCAUACCACAUGAUCCAAUAUUUAAAAGUAUGAAUAACAUUAUUCAUAUUGAUGAAAAGUGGUUUUACAUGUCAAAGAAGUCUAACAAUUAUUAUUUGUUGCCACAUGAGGAAGAGCCAUAUCGUACAUGUAAAAGCAAAAAUUUCAUUACAAAAGUGAUGUUUUUAGCUGCUAUAGCUCGUCCAAGAUUUGAUUCACAAGGAAAUGAAGUUUUCUCCGGAAAAAUUGGUAUUUUUCCAUUUGUUACCCAAGAACCGGCUAAAAGGACAAGUUCCAACAGAGUGGCGGGAACAUUGGAGACAAAAGCAAUGACUUCCAUCACGAGAAACGUGAUUAGAUCAUUUUUGAUUGAUCAAGUCCUUCCAGCCAUAAAGGAAAAGUGGCCAAUAGAGGAUGCCAAGAAUCCAAUUUUUAUUCAACAAGAUAAUGCUAGAACACAUAUUAGUCACGAUGAUGAUGAGUUCGUUAAAGCUGCUACACAAGAUGGGUUUGAUAUUCGUUUGAUGUGCCAACCUGCAAAUUCUCCCGAUUUAAAUGUGUUAGAUCUUGGGUUUUUCAUUGCCAUACAGUCUUUGCAGCAUAAGGAGGCACCUAAAAAUAUUGAUCAACUUGUGAGUGCAGUUUUGAAAUCAUUUGAAGACUUUUCUAUUAUAAAGUCUAAUUUCAUAUUUGUAACACUACAAUCCUGCAUGAUUGAGAUCAUGAAAAUCAGUGGUUCUAUGAAUUAUAAAAUCCCGAAUUUGAACAAACAAAUGCUGCAAAGGGAACAAGGAUUUCUUAGUCAAUUGAAGUGUGAUCCAGAAUUAGUACAAGAAGUUCUCAGUUAUUUAAACACUUAUUCAUCUUGA